UUUGCAUUUCCCUGAUGACUAAGGAUGUUGAACAUUUCUUUAGGUGCUUUCUGGCCAUUCGAUAAUCCUCAGCUGAGAAUGUUUUGUUUAGCUCUGUACCCCAUUUUUUAAUAGGGUUAUUUGGUUCUCUGGAGUCUAAUUUCUUGAGUUCUUUGUAUAUUUUGGAUAUUAGCUCUCUAUCACAUGUAGGAUUGGUAAAGAUCUUUUCCCAAUCUGUUGGUUGCCAUUUUGUCCUAAUGACAGUGUCUUUUGCUUUACAAAAGAUUUGCAGUUUUAUGAGGUCCCAUUUGUUGAUUCUUGAUCUUAGAGCAUAAGCCAUUGGUGUUUUGUUCAGGAAAAUUUCCCCAGUGCCCCUGUGUUCGAGACUCUUCCCCACUUUUUCUUCUAUUAGUUUGAGUGUAUCUGGUUUGAUGUGGAGGUAACACAAUGGAUUUUAAAGAGUGGUUUCAGGUCAGCUCGGAGGUUAUCUGGCCAAGUCAGCUUGGCUUCCUUGCUUGUAAAAUCGAACGCACCUUACUGAUUUAUAUGAUAGAUUCUCUUUCUAGCUACUGACUUUCAACCAUGUGCAUAUCUACGGGUUUUUCUUUUAAAAGUAAAGAAAACUCUAUUAAUUCCGAGGCAGAUUACUUAAGAAUUCUCUCAAAUUUAAUCACGCACAUAGCUCCUGGCAGGGCAAGUGGCACACAUAGUCCUGAAGGGGUGGUUUGUGGCCGCUAGGGGGAGCCGCGAAAUCGCAGCAGCUGUUCCUCUCCAGUCCGGGAGGAGUGCGGUGCAAACCUAGGGAACAGCGCAAGCGCCAUACGCAUGCGCGGUCUGUCCUUGGCAGCCAACAUGGCGCCUGUGGAGCACGUUGUGGCUGACGCCGGAGCUUUCUUGAGGGAUGCGCCUCUACAGGACAUCGGAAAAAACAUCUACACCAUCCGGGAGGUGGUGAGAGAGAUUCGCGACAAGGCCACACGCAGGCGGCUGGCAGUGCUGCCCUACGAGCUGCGGUUCAAGGAACCCUUCCCGGAGUACGUGAGGCUAGUAACUGAGUUUUCCAAGAAAACUGGGGACUACCCCAGCCUCUCUGCCACAGAUAUCCAGGUGCUGGCUCUGACCUACCAGCUGGAAGCAGAAUUUGUUGGGGUGUCUCAUCUAAAGAAAGAACCAGAGAAGGUUAAAGUGAGCUCUUCAAUUCAGCACCCUGAAACUCCUCUGCACAUUUCUGGUUUCCAUCUGCCCUCCAAGUCUAAAGCCUUACAAGAAACGGUGGAUCAUGGUCCCCCAGCUGAUGGGUCUGAGAACCUGGAAUUCAGCUCCUUCAUGUUCUGGAGGAACCCUCUGCCUAACAUUGACCAUGAGCUGCAGCAGCUGCUGAUUGAUGGAAGGGAGGAGGAAGAGGAAGAGGAGGAGGAGGAGGAGGAAGAAGAUGAACUUGAAGACAGUGAUGACGAUGGGGGUGGGUGGAUAACCCCCAGCAACAUCAAGCAGAUCCAGCAUGAGUCAGAGCAGUGCGACAUCCCAAAGGACGUGCAGGUUGGCUGUGUGACCACAGACUUCGCCAUGCAGAAUGUUCUACUUCAGAUGGGGCUGCACGUGCUGGCAGUGAACGGCAUGCUGGUCCGAGAGGCCCGGAGCUACAUCUUGCGCUGUCAUGGCUGUUUCAAGUGUGUGGCUGCAAGUCUUCCCAUCCCUGCUGGACAACAUCGGACAUGAACCGAGUGUUCUGUGGGCAUUGUGGGAACAAGACCCUGAAGAAAGUGUCUGUGACUAUCAAUGAUGACGGUACCUUGCACAUGCAUUUCUCCCGAAACCCGAAAGUUCUGAAUCCUCGAGGCCUCCGG